UCAAAUAUUUAUUGAGUACCUACUGUGUGCCGGGUGCUAUUCUAGAACACAGCAGCGCACAUCUUCCAGAUGCUUGCAUCUGGUGCGAGGAGUCAGAGCCACCACCAGCCAAACAAACAAAUAAGUAAGCAUGGUGCUUUGUGAUUGUGAUGUACGCUAUGAGGGAAAUAGUGGUAUCUCAGAGUCUAGGAGGAAGAAGUGUAAGCUGUUACGGGGAAGGCCUCCCUAGGAAGGGGCAUUUGACCUGAGAUCUGAGACAUGCAGCUUGAGAAGAAGAUCUUUCCGGGAAGAAGGAAUAACAACUGCAAAAGUCUUGAUGUGGGAAGGAGGAAAAGAUUCGAUGGUGUGGAACUUGUUGGUGUCCUUGACAAAAGAAUAUGAAGUCCGUGACGUGACCAGAGUGGGCUGAGCAGGAACCGGGAGGCGAGGACGCAGUGAGACAGGUGGGAAGCAUUAAGCGGGAAAUGACCUUCACAUUUCAACCAGAGGAUCUAAAACGUGACUCUGGUAAGAAGAUGUCACAUCAGCACUUGUUCCCUCUGGCCAUGGAGGAAGAUGUGAGAACAGCAGAUGCCAAAACAGCCCCCCGAAUCCUUGAUCAUGACAAAGAGAAUACCCGCUCCGUCUGUCUCCUUGAGCAAAAGCGAAAAGUCGUUUCUUCCAAUAUCGACGUUCCUCCGGCAAGGAAAUCCUCAGAGGAACUGGACAUGGACAAGGUGACGGCGGCAAUGGUACUAACCAGCUUGUCCACCAGCCCUUUGGUCCGAAGCCCUCCUGUGCGGCCGAAUGAGGGCCUCAGCGGAUCCUGGAAGGAGGGCGGCGCCCCUUCCAGCAGCUGCAGCAGCAGCGGCUACUGGAGCUGGAGCGCCCCCAGCGACCAGUCCAACCCGUCCACGCCGUCGCCGCCACUGUCCGCCGACAGCUCCAAGCCUUUCCGCAGCCCCGCGCCCGACGACGGCAUCGACGAGGCCGAGGCCGGCAACCUGCUCUUUGACGAGCCCAUCCCCAGGAAAAGAAAGAACUCCAUGAAAGUGAUGUUUAAAUGCCUCUGGAAAAACUGUGGGAAGGUGCUGAGUACAGCGGCAGGCAUCCAGAAACACAUCCGGACGGCUCACCUUGGGGAACAGCAUGUGCGAGGGGGUGUCGUCCGACUGCUCCGUCUCCUCGGCCUCAGGCGUGUUGGGGACUCCGACUGCAGCGACGGCGAGGAGGACUUCUACUACACGGAGAUGAAGCUCAACACAGAUGCGGUGGCGGACGGACUGAGCGGCCUGGCCCCGGGCUCACCCUCGCAGUCCCUGGCCUCACCCCCCACCUUCCCCAUCCCGGAUUCAAGCCGGACGGACACCCCUUGUGCCAAAACCGAGGCUAAGCUGAUGACGCCCCUGAGCCGCUCGGCCCCCACCACCCUCUACCUCGUGCACACCGACCAUGCUUACCAGGCCACGCCCCCCGUGACCAUUCCAGGAUCGGCCAAGUUCACCCCCAAUGGCAGCAGCUUCAGCAUUUCUUGGCAGUCUCCUCCAGUUACCUUCACAGGUAUUCCGGUGUCCCCAACACAUCAUCAUCCGCUGGGCACAGGAGAGCAGAGACAGCACACGCACACGGUCCUGUCGUCCCCGCCCAGAGGGACGGUCAGCCUGAGGAAACCUCGCGGAGAGGGCAGAAAGUGCCGGAAGGUGUACGGCAUGGAGCACCGCGACCUGUGGUGCACUGCCUGCCGCUGGAAGAAAGCCUGCCAGCGCUUCACCGACUGAGACGCGACUCUGCGGCCCGGCCGCUGGCGCUCGGCCACCCUCACCUCCCACUGCAGGCUCCGGACGAUGCUCUCCCUUCUGAACAAAACACGCCGGAAGCCCAGGAAAAGCACUUCCAGGAGCCUUGGUGGAAUUACAGCAAAAAAUAAAACCAGGUCACCACCCCUCCCUGGCCUUGCUAAGUAAGAGUCGAGCCGAGGGCACCUGUAACUCGUUUUGUGUGUGUGUGUGUGUGUGUGUGUGAAAAGAAAAGUCAUCCUUUCUUGCUGUGUGUCUAGGUCUGAAAACUGUGGACUCCUCUAACCUCUGAACCAACAAAGCCCAAAAAAGGAGGCAGAUUUUUGAUCAGCUUUCUCAAUAAUGCCGUUUCUGAGGUUUUGCCCAACACACACAGAAAGCUACAUGUUAUUCCGUAGCAUUUGUACAAAGAACAAUACCUGCUUUUGUGUGAACCGUCUUUUCCUGGUUUUCCAUUUGACUUCUUGGAGCAGCACAUAUCAUGACGACGUGGUUGCCAGAAAGGGCAGCACCCUGGGGAUCUUUUUUAUCGUCUGUCUUGUUGGUUGGUUUGUUUUGUUUUGAAGAAUGGCCCCAAACAGAACCACGGCAGAGCUGUGAGCUUGAAGGGCCCCCCGAUGGCAGAAGCUCGAAGAAACUGAGGACAGAAUCACCAGCAGACUUCAGCUCCGAGCUGAGCUCAGGACGUCCAGCCGUCACUGUGGGGAAACACCUCGAGGUCUUCCUGGGAUCCAUCCGGAGCCCUUCUCCAGGAAGCCCAGCUCCAGCUCCAGCUCCACCUGCCACAGCCCAGCCCAGGACCGGCGCGUGGAGCCUGCGGUAAGCCCGAUGCGUCUUUCAGGGAUGUGAUGCGAACCGCAGCUGGGAUCUGUGUGUCACCGCCUGUGUGACGAAGUCAUUGCCAGGUUGAUGGGUCUUCGGGCCUUCCCGCAGAACUCCACACAGUCUGGACUGAGAAAAGGUCAAGAGGUCAAGCUGGCCCUGCAGGCUUGCUGUGCACGGCAGCGCACAGCCUCCGCGUCCCCAUCUGCUCAGAAAGCCGCGUGAGGUCAGCAAACCAACAUCCGUUCUGAGUGCACUUUGAUAGGUUUUUAUGCUUUAGCAUGUCUGGGAGAUGGCUUCAUGAACACUCGAAGCAUCGUAUGGGUAAAGGGAAGAUCCAAACCUUUAUUUUUCUUAUGAAAAUAGUGGAGCUAGCCAUUAAGAGUUUGCUCACAAGGGAACAUAGAGAACACCAAAAGGAAAGCGCACAUCGGUAUAGGAAUCUCUGGGUUUAGCAGGACCAGGGCCUGCAGUGUGUUUCAUUUGUCAGGCAUUCGAAGCUGGGUGGUUGGCUGGCUGGUUGGCUGGCUGGUUGGUUGGCUGGCUGGCUGGCUAGUUGGUGGUUGGUUUGGCGGUAGAGGUGCGGGGAGUGGGGAGUAGUUGUCGAGCCCUAUAAACAUCUACGCUCCUCUCGACUGCCCUGCUGAAGAGUUAUUCCUCCUAUACCUAUGCAAAGAGGUGCAAGCACCUUCUAGGAUGGAUGCAGUACACGGGACGGGCCGCCUGGGAGCAGCCACAGGAAUGUUAAAUCAAGUUGCACAAAGGAAAGUUUAAUAUAUGUCUAGAGAUUGUACAUACGCCUUUUUUAAAAGAGUAUUGAGACGUCAUCUAGUAAUAACAGAUACCCUUUUUUUAUAUAAGCAAGGGAGAUCUAAGGAGGUUCUGCAGUGGAACAUCUACAUUCAUAUAUUUUGGCAAUUUUAUUUUUUCAAACUCUCAUGACUUUUCAAACAUUAUUUCUUGGAAGAGAUCCUGUGUUCCUCCUUGAUUUACGUUUUUCUUUAAAAACACUUAUUCCAAGAGAGCAGAGAAAGAGCUCCGGUUAACUUCGCGUCCGGAGGCCCCCUCAGCACACCCUGCAGUGCCUGCUCUCAUGUCUGUUUAGUGCUGCCGGGGUCAGCCAGGAGAGGGCUCUUUUUUAAGGGCAGAAAUGCUCUGCCUCCUGUACCCCAGCAUGUCUUUUCUCCUCCCUGGAGACCUGUCACUUCACCUGCAGGCCCCCUCUGCUGUGGGUAGAGUGCCCAGGGGCUGUGGUGAGGCCAGGGCUGGUCAGCCGUGUCGGCAGGCUCACCGUGUCCUCAAACGGUGGUUGGGGUGCGACCCUGGAACAGGGGGAUCGUCUUCAGUAAGGCUCCUGGCUCUUGAUCCUAAUCCUGUGAUGAAGGGCCAAAUCCACCUACCACCACCACCACCACCACAGAGCUCUGGGAUGCAGGAGGGAGAGACCUUUGCUGGGGAGCAGUCCUGGGGCCACUCCGUGGCUCUCCCCAAGAGUGACAGGACGUGGGUUCUGAGCUCGGGCCUGGCUGAGCCCAGCUCAGCCCUUACCUGGAUUUUAGCCAAGGCACGGGUACAGGCAGAAGGAAGAACUGAGUGCAACUGCCCGGAGACUUCCCUCUCUAAUGCCUCCUUUACACGCACUCUUCCAAAUCCCCCACCCACGUGGGGGGUCCCUUUCUGCCGGCCUGCCCUUUCUGGCUUCCAGACUGCACAGACACCCAUUCCCUGUACCAAGCCGGGUGAUAAUUAGGGGACCACCAAGCCUCGCCUGGCUGGCCUCAAAGAAAUGGGGUUCGAUUUCUAGCAGGCCACCAGAAAGCUAUGAAUUGCAAUAUACAACACUGAUUGUAGAAGCUAAAAUUAAAAAAAAAAAAUGUACAGCUAUUUUGUUAUACUUUGGAACGAAACGAAGUGCCAAAUGAAGCCCGACUUUCAUUUAUGCCAUCUCUGUGGUACCAGGUUCCUGUCUGUCUUCACUCAGCAGAGGGAAGUGGUUGGGAAGCGACAUCCCCCGACACGCUCUGGCUGCUGAGCUGUAGGCUGUCCAUCCAUCACGGGGACCUCAGAGACCUGUCUGUGCAAACACAGUGGCGCUGCUGUGGAUUCUGGUCCCAGAGUAUUUCUAAAGAAGGCAUGUCGUAGCCUUGACUUUUCUCUCUCCGAUACCCCUUCCUUCAGAAAAGAUUUCUCACCUCUCUCCAAGAAGGCAUGUCAUAGUGAUGGACAGACAGCGGCAUGGCAGAAAGAGGCCAUCGGGCAGUAGCCUCAGCCCUUCCCAGAGGAUGCGUACCCAAUUUGUGGGAAGCAGCGUGACACCUUGGAGAAAGUCGCAAGAGGGCUUGGGACCCUGAGGAAAUACAAGAGGCCCGUGGGCACCUGGUUCCCAGUCACCGUCCUAGGGCUGAUCAGCCCAGUGGCUGUCCUGGGCACCCCCGGGGAGCUGCCACUUGUUUCGGGGGGUGGCUGCCUGCAGCAAGAAGGCAGUACGCUGAAGGAGCCAGGACUCCACACCUUUGCAAGCAGCCCUGGGUUCUGAAUUAGCCAGCAGCCUGAGCCCACUUCUUCCGUCAUGAGACGUCAUUGGGAAACGCAAGCACAGUGUGCGCUCGAGCAUGUUUAGGGAAACGUGACGAGAAUUGUACGCAUGGGAGAGAAUACCUUGAGAGGAGUAGGAAAAUCCUAUAUAAAAUAUUCAUUUCCUCAGGGAAAAUUAUGUGACAAAGGGAACUGGAGGCUCUUAAGAAACUAGGAAGACUUUUUUUAUCUCUAAAAUCUUAAGUUUUUUGUGUUUUUUUUUAAUGAACAUGAAAUCAUUUCAAGACAAAUUCACAGGAACUGGACAGUGCCGACUUGUUGAGGCGUGGAUGUCUGCUGUGUGCGAAAGAGCCAUGUCUCUGGGGCUGAACCUGCGCUUGAAAGCCGACAUCUGGACCACAGUUAGCAUUCCCAGUGGGUGUCCACAGACCCACGUGAGGCUCCUUCUGAAUGUACCUGUGAAUCGCAAAGCCUUGGCGUUCCCUUUUCUAAUCACCGGUGGGAUGCCUAGUCGUUAGCGACAUGGCGAAAGCCGCUAGGGCUGUGCGAUGCUGUCACGGCAUUUAGGGAGCAAACUCCUCUGCACCUUUGUGGGGAAGGUGCUGCUUUUUCUCUUGACCCUGCAGGAUUCUCUCGACCAUGUCAACGGUAGCACUGCCCUGUGUGAGCACAGGAAAGGACCUGUGCACAUGCAUGGGUGGAAACGGAGCAGGGUGCGUGAAUAGUGGAGGGAAUGUGGGUUGCUUUAGAGAAGGUGCAGGGCACACAGGUCACCUGGAAGUUGGCGUUUCUCUAAGAAAAUAGCCCGAUCAGCGACCAGCGGCUCACACACUCUCCGGCUCCUCCUAGCCGUGGGGUUCUGGGAACUGUUUCCUCGUGUCUUUUUUGCAUUGCAACUAAUCAAACCAGAAGUCAGUGAUGUGAGAGUAGCGCUUUUAGGCACCAGUCGUAUCAGUAAGGAACGCACACCAGUCCGGCAAGCAAGUAUAACAUGGAUGUAAGACUGCCUGGUUUGCUUAUUGUGACUGCCUUUGAAAAAGCUCACACCCAAUGGUCAACAUGCUUUAAAAGGUGUAUCUAUCACAGGACCAGCAAUCAAAAUGGGAAUUUUACUUCUGGUCCUGUUUUGUAAAUAGUUCCUUUUUUUUUUUUAAGACAAUCUCAUGUUUUAUAACUCUUCUUGUGGGUCUGAGAAUCACCAUGGUAAUGUGUUGUGUCAAAAACGUGAUCUGAAAUACAGUAACGGCGAUGACUUAAUUUUCCAAAUCAGACAAGAAAUAUACUGCUUAGGCUUCUACAAUUCUGAGAGACAUGACACUUUUCUAAUACGCAUUAGUACUUCUCAAGUUAACAGAACUGGAAAUAUUUUACAAGAUGCCGUGUUUUUGUAAUCACAAAGAACAUGAACAUUUUGUGGGAAAUGACCUUGGUUUUAUACAUUGUAGCUUAUUUUUUAAAAUACAGUAUUUUACCGGACAGGAAGUGUUCAUAUUAUAAGCAAUUCCUGCUCUCCAAACAAAGGGCUAUGCCUCUUUUAAGCAAGUGUUUUGAUGCCUAUCUUUUCAAUUAACCCUCUGCAGGGUAGAAAUGCAGGUUAGAUGGAAAGAUUAUAAUGAGAGACUCAAAAUGGCAACAGCUACUCCUUUUAUCACUACCAGUGUGUUUUCACAGUCUUGUGGGGGAAAAGACACUUUAAAAACCAUCCUAUGUAUCUCAAAUCUUUAAAAUGUUAACAGACAUGCAUAUAAGCAAUGGGAGAAAUAUUCCUGUAAAUUUCUUUAGUGUAAAAAGAUAGAUUCCGUCACAAAGACAAGCUUCCUGCUCAACCUACCAGAACCACAAACCUGCAUUUAACUAGCAAGUAUCAUUUGGUGGAAAUUUCUCAAAUCAUGGAAUGUAAGCCCAAAGAUAGGAUUCUUAGGUGAUCAGUGGUGUUUGAAGUCAUUUUGUCCUCGGUAUUCAUUAAAUACCUUGAAUUUUCUUGCAGAACAAAUGCUUGAUUCUUCACGUGAAGAAUUCACAGACACGCCAGGUUGAGAUCAGAAAGUCACUGUAUUCCCGAGAGCUGGGAAUGAAGAAGGAACUGUGGCAAGCUUAUUAACUGCACCAGUAAUUCUGAGCUUUGCCAAACCGGUCCUAACGCUGUGCAGUUUCAUCUAGCCCACUCGCUGUUAAUGCAAGAAAGCAUCUUUUCUUUCUAAGAUUUUAGUCAUUCAAAAGUGAGGCUAACUAGCCAAUUCUGCAGGUAACCUCAAAAGGAAAACUGGGAUAGAAUGGCCACACACCCAUGGGGCAAGUCCUAGGAGGGGGUGAGAGGGUCGCUCAGACCUUACUUUCACAUGGGCUUUAGGAUCUGAGCACAUGCGCACUAGAAACAUGCAGAGUUAGGGAACAGUGUGGAGACAGCCUAUCCUGGUGGCUAGGAUGAGGCCGUCGGCAAGUCUCUCUGUGUCCACUGUUAGCAUUAAAGGUCCUGAGAAGCAUUUACUGCUGUCUGGUGUUGAAUCAAGUGAGUGUUGCCCCCUCUCUAAGUAGAAGCUUACUAAUGGUAUAUAACAGAUGCCUUGGAAAGGCCAGGUAGCUUCUGUCAAUGAGUGAUUCAGGAUAGGUGAAAAACAGACACUAGAGAAAAGCGGGGAUGAUGGCGGGCAUGAGAACACACAGCCCCUGUGAAGGGGGACCCAGCUCUAGACAAUCAGACCCAUGUACAAGUCAGGCCCGAGGCAGUGAGGUUGCUGACUUGGCUGUUAUCAAAUGUGAUGUUACCUGACAUUUAAGUUUGACAACUGACUCAGGUUUCUGGCCAGCACUUUGUGGACAGAUGCAGCCUUUGGCCACCAGCUCCAGUUGUCGGGGACAGCAGGUGUUACAUGCCAUCAGGUGAGGCUCUUCCAUCAGCCCCACCAACUCACACCUGGGCACAGUCUGGGCAAUGAAAAUCAAAGAAGGGAAAAAGGUCCGUUCUCCCUGGAAGCCAUUCUCGUGGAAGACUUGAAUGCAGAGACGUGAUGUCCUUCCAGUAGCCUUUGCCUCUGACCCACAUACGCUGACGCCCUCCCCGCUCCCACGCCGCCUCCCUGUGGUGUGCCCAGACCGUGCCCCAAAGCAUUGAAUGACCAUAAGCCUACCUUUCUGUUCUCACUGCCGCGACCACUGUGAUGAGGGCGUGGCAAAGGGCGGCCCUGUGCCUUCAAAGAAGGCAGCCAGGAGCCCUGCAGAGCCCUGCAGCUAAAGUAGGGCACGUGGCCGCCUCGUGCGGGGCCCCUGGGCCAGCCCUUCCCCCGACACUUCCUGUCCAUCUUGACGCGUGACUUCCUGUUCCAGGGUUAGAUUUCUGUCCUUUUACCUCUUAUGUGGUAAAAUCCUUGCUUCAGAACUGGUAGGGUCUUGGGUGUUACGGAGUGUCCUCUGAGCUCAGAGUGGCGUUUCUCCACACACAACCUUAGCCUCUCUGUCAGAGGGCAAAGACAAAAUGGGAAUAAAUGUGUCGUGGAAAAAAUUAGACGUAGCUUCCUUCAUGGGGAUGACCUAAGUGAUUUUAGACUGUAUCUCACACCAGAGUCCCGAUGGUGUUGGGAUACUCGCCAGCCCUUUCACAUACGUAAUAAAGUAGGUCUCUUUCGGACACGCUGUGUCACUUGACCUUCCUAAGAACCCAGUGUAGAGCAGGAAUAGGUAGGUUCUCCAUCACCCACCUCCAAGGCCAACCUGGAGUGGUCUUGAACCUGGGAGUCAGCUUCAUGACUGCCCACAAAGAGGAGGAAGAGAAAGGGCUUUUGACAGCCCAGACCUUAGUCUUCUAGAACAAUGCCAGACCUGAAAAGAUCCAGCCACCCAUCAAGGUUCUUAACCUAUCUUUUCAAUCUGUCUUUCAGCACGGAAGUCAGAGCCCAUUCAUUCACCUUGUCAAAUGCAAAAGUACUCACCCUCAAGUGUAACCUUUAGGGCGGCACCAUGAAUAGGGCCCGCCUGUUCCCUAAGUUCCAGCCAUCUCAGUGGUUAUUAGAGGAGUUUGGUAGUUAAUGCAAGCAACAGUUUUGACUCCUUGGGGAAAGUUAUUUUGCUGCUAACAUUCACAUUACCCAUAUAAACUUAAGCUGAUGCCAGAAAAUUUUUAACAGCUCAAAUUUACAAAUUGUAACCAUCAAAUCAACUUCAAGUAGGGAAACCCUGGGAAUCUGGUGGAGUGGUGUUUAAAUACGACUGCAGUUUAAGCCACACAGGCGAUGCCUGAGAUUUCUGUCACUGUGAGUGACGCACAGGUGGCCCAAUAGGUGAUGGGUUUCAUCUCACCCUUCCCCGCAGCUUACCAAGUCUCACACCUUGAGUUCCCGGCAAAGCCACUUGCAGGGAGCUGGAAGGGACCUAAACCAGUGUCGCCUGCCACCUCCUUCAUCAGUAGGCUGUUUCAUAAAUGACACUGAUGUCUGUAAAGUAACAGUCCAGUGCUGGAGGAGGAAACAGGGCACUUUUCUCCGCUGGAGAAGAAGGCCGUGUGGCGAUGGUGGCACCAACGCCGUGACAGUGGCAGGACUCAGGAGGACCCAAGCUGUAGGGAACAGGAACACUUCUGUUCCCCAAGGGGACAAGGCUAGAUGUUGAAAGAAGGUGGGGAUUGUGAACUCAAUGCCUAAACUGUAGUCCCUGUUUUUCAAAAAUGUUCUUUCACAUUGGGCAUCAUCCAUGUAAUGAUCUGCUGACUUCCCAAAGAAAAGAGUCCCUUUAUAUUGGGCUGUUGGGAAAGUCAUACGUAUUUUUUCUAUGUUUUUCGGUGCAAAAAUGCGUCAUGACUUUUCCGACAACCCAAUAUAAAUUAUGAAAUGUUAAAAAUUAAUUCUCACAUCUAAUUAACUACAGGUUUUCCCUGCUAUCUGAAAGGUAGAGGUUCUGAUGAAACCCUUUGCAAACAGAAAUGGUAAAUUGAAGACCUGCAUUCGUAGGUAAUGGCUUUUUUCUAAAAGCGACAAUCGUCUUCGGAAUUUUCACUUAGCGAAAACAGGUUGCUAACGUGGGACGUUCGUAAAAGCCCAGUGGCCUAACGCUAACUUUGGGAAGUGGGGGACACAUGUAUUACAUUCAAUUAUGGGGCAAUUCCCUAAAUAUUUAAUUCAGAAAAUUAGCCAGAGGAUAAAGCAGCAACUCCUGGAAAAGGCAAGACAGCUGUCAUUAAAGAAUGACAUUUUCUUUAAAAAAAAAAAAAAAAAGUUGCUCAUCUAUUUUCUUCUGAAUUCUCUCUGCACCCUGACUAAAGAGGAAAACCAGCUCUCUGGAGAAGCUGAGCUUUGUGAGAGUGAGGACAGUCCCCAUCUGGCAGCCGCCUCACAUUUGCCAGUGACACAUCCCUCUCCCGUCUGCUCUCACCUGCCCGCACCAGCGGCCACGCUGUCAUGUAUGUUCCCUGCCCAAAGCCCCAGAUGAAAUAUUUUUCUUCUGGGCUCCUCACUUCUCACUCUUGAAUCAAGUCCAAGGGGAUAAAUGUCACCGUGACUGGUGAGCUGGGCUCAGUCAGUGAGGCCACCCCUUCCUUGAGGGGGAGAAGUCCCAUCUGUCUAAGCAGUUUUGGGUGAUCACUCAAAGAGAGCAGGGCCAUCAGCUCACAGCCUGUCACACUCAGCGCAAGACUCGGUCAGACUCGCUGAUGAACGACAGGCAGAUCGCUUGUCCUCGCAGUCUGACUCAGAGGGCCCUACUCCCCCAGCCCCUUCCCCGUGGACCACGAUGGAGGACCAUAACCAACAGGGAGGGGCAGAGGGAGGGCGCGUCACCUUUGGUUACCCCAGGCCGGACCUCUGCCCACAUGAUACAGCGCGAAAACUGAACUGGCCUUUUUAUGAGAAAGGAAGUGGCUCCCGUGGGGUGCCGUUGCUUUAAUUUUACAUCUGUGGGAUGAGAAAGCCACAGCUCCAGUCUGCUCAUAUCGUGACGCCUUUGUCCCUCGCCCUGGUGCUUCCCACUCAUGUUUGGGCACAGAUGGCGGGCAGAGAGGAAAGAGAUGGAACUCAGGCCAGCCGCUGCUGCCAGGGGUGGAAUUAUGCCCCAGUGAUCAACAGCGUAGCUUAAUCAUAAAGGGCCCCUACGCCACCCUGAAAUAAGGAUGCAUCGCUUGCAGAUAGCAAAGCCUUGACCAAGCCCUGUGAUGAAAGCAAAGCCCCCUUUUUUCCGAGUCUCCUGACUGGGGAGCCUCCGUGACCACUGGUAGGUUUAGGAGUUAGAUGUUUAGGGAAGAGCUCAAUACCCCCAAAUAUACUUGUUCUGUGACUUCAAUAACCGAAAACGCCCUCGGUGUAAACCCAGGAAUGUGGAUCAUAUAUGUAAAAAAAAAAAUGCCCUUUAUCAAUAUUUUCCUACAACACACCCUAAAAUUCCUACUAUUUUUGUAAUGAAUGGUUGGACGGUGGUCAGCCAUUUAAACAUGUGCUCUCUGGAAUAACCAGACACUAGUGUAGUUCCCAAAGCGUUUCGUGCAUCAAAAUCUAUAUACUUAGAAGAACUCAGGAUAAGAAAAAAACUGCUAGGUCCCAAAGGGUUUGUGACUAAGGUCUUCUUCUUGUGAGGGGGGCUGAGGAAUGAGAGGAACAGCAGUUGUCAGAAAACCUCUGUUGCCCUUAGGCCAUGAUAAGGCUUUAAAAAAAAAGUCUACUUUUAAAAAUUAAGCCAUCUUUCAAAUUGUUUUUCUACACCAAAUCGAAAAUAUUAAGAUGAGAUUAGAAAACAUUUGAAAUGGGGUAGUUAGUGGAAAUGCUGCCUGUAGAAAGCAUUGCUUUUUGGUGCCUGCUAAACCAGUAAAGGGGACAGGCUCUUCUUACUAAAGAGAAAGCGGCUGGUCCUUCCGGUUACUUGACAGCGUUCAAGUGACAGGCGUUAACCAGUAAUUGGGCACGAAUUCAAAAGCAAUGGGGCAACGCCAUCCAAUUUUUAGAGAUCUUUGAAAUUCAGUCUUACCACCAUUUGGAGGUUAAGGACACAUGGCUUAUAAAAGUCUUUAGUUAAUAUUAGUGAAUGAAUGUAUAAAGUUACAAACUAUGCAUUUGCAAAGAGGAAUGUUUAUUUUGUGUCGAAUCCAAGUAAAUUCUUCUCAUAGAGACUUAUCACAACCAGAAAUUAUUCAAAGUGAACUUGAAGGCGUAUUGUUAUGGGGAUGUGGGACUCUCGCCUAGAUUCUUUGAGCUGAUAUUUUUAAAGACAGUGCAUUGAAACUUCAGGCUCUAAACAAAGUCAGUCGUUAUGGUGAAUAAAUGGGAAAUGGUUUCUGUUUUACUUCUUAAUCAGAAGAGGGACAUGUUGGCUGUCACAAGAUGUGCCCAGUUCUUCCGAGGCCUAGCAACAGUAACACUGGAUUAACAAGCAAACAAAACUGCACAGAGUUAAGGAGUAUGGCAUUGGAUAAAUACAGCAUAGAUUGUGUCUAGUGUGUUUGAUUCUCAACCGAAGGGGGGAAAAAAAAGUUCUUCAAAGGUCAUAUAAUUUCAAAGAACAAAAUAUAAAAAUAUUGUCCCGCCAAGCAAAUCAUUGCUUUUUUUUUUUUUUUUUCAGAAUUACAGGGAGAUGAUCACAUAUAUUCUGGGGGAAGUCCGUAUAGAAUAUGCACACAUUUCUUCAGCCCUCUUGUUGAUUUUGUAUUUUCAUGAAACCUUUCCCAUUAUCAACUUAUCUUUGCUCCUUAAUCAGGGUUUUGCUACGUUACUCAGUAUGAGAAACAAACAAAAAAACCCAGUUCUUCAUCUGACAAUGCGGAAAUAAAUAAAGAACAUUUCUCUACCAUUCUGGUUCUCUUCUGUGUCUGCUGAGAAAGCUUCUCAACUGUUUGUAUGUAAAGUAAGGGAAGACGCACUUCUCAAGCUGGUAUUCACGGUUAUACUGGAUAUGUCUGCUGCCUAGUUAGAGGCUGGGUGGGGAUGUGUCUUUUUAUAUGAUUUUUAGCCAAAUUCCAAUGUUCUGAUACUGCAUUUCUACAGACCUAGCUGGCUGUACAUCAGCCUGUGGAGGUUCAGGCUCAUAAGCCUUUUUGUGACCGUCCCUCAGCCAUGCUCCUUGUCAGCUUUUGGCACAUUGUACAUAGAUUUGUCGAAUGUUUAAAUGACGUUGUUUUUCUAAAUGCUGUUCUCUACAACAACUUUUUGAAUGUUUUUUUUUUUUUUUGCUUUCCAUUGUUUGGGACUUCGUGUGCUGGUUGAAAAAAAAAAAGUUUCCUAAAUAUUUAACACCAGAAAAAAACAUAUAUAUUGAAAAUAAACUGGUGCUAAUUGACAUAGAAGAAAAAUUUCAGAUUGAAGAUGUACAACAUGAAACGUUCAUACCAGUUCCACGAAACUGCACUUUCGCGAGGGGACAGUGGCACUCACCUAAAGUGGGCACCAGGAGGGCCACUGAGUGUUUACAGGUCCUGUGGCCCAUUUCUGUGGAAAAUACCAGAAGGACACUGUCCCCCCGAGUCAAGGGUUUGCUCCCCUGGUCCUGUGGAAGCGUUUAUAGAAGUCAAAGUUUGUGGUAAGAAUCACGUUAGUAAUAGUCUUCUGGUCUUUGGACUUCCGUGUUCUGUAAUGCUUAGCUGUGACAAUGAACCUGGUGUGGCCCGUCGAGCCGGACAUCCUUGUUGACCUAUACUGACUGCUGUGUGGCUCUAGCUUGGCCGGACUGGCCCAGGCUGAGCCAGAACACGGGGCCUGUCAGUAAGACCGUUCUGACUGCGACAGUGUCGACACACACGAGCUGAAAUGCACUUGUAACUGGUUAAUUACCAUGAGGUCUAACUUCCACUCAAUAAAAGUUUUUGUGUACCUGCUUCUA